AUGGCUACCAAGGAACACUGUCUCGCUUGCUUCGAGACACUCGAUGCUCAUCUCAAUAAUCGAAAGGCCCUGUCUCUGGAAGAAAUCCAGGAACUCUCCGCUCUCACGCCCGAGUCGGAGCUCACGUCGCCCAAAGCUCUCGACGAUCCCAGUCUUCAACAUCUCGCAGUCCCUGACGCCAGUGCUUCAUCCUCCUCUUCAUCGACCUCGCUAGGUGCCUCAACGCCCGCUACAAGCACUUCUUCUCUGCCUAUCCCUCCAAGCUCCGCCCCACUGUUCGUGACAUGGAACACCAUGGAUGGCGGCGAACCCAUGCUGCGCGGCUGCAUCGGCACUUUUGAAUCCCAAGAUCUAUCCGAAGGCAUCCCCGAAUACGCUCUCAUCUCUGCCCUCCACGACUCCCGCUUCUCCCCAGUAAGAAAGUCAGAGCUGCCGACGCUGCAGGUCGCAGUCACGCUACUCACCGACUUUGAAGAGGUUGACGACAUCUUCGACUGGGAGAUCGGCGUCCAUGGCAUCCGGCUCUCCUUCCACGACCGCGGCCGUCGCUACGGCUCCACAUAUCUCCCCGAUGUCGCCUCCGAGCAGGGUUGGUCCAAGGACGAGACUCUCUUUAGCCUCAUCCGCAAGGCCGGGUGGACUGGUAGCCGGGGCCGCUGGAAGGACUUGGAUCUCAAGGUCACGCGUUACCAGGGCAAGAAGACGACUCUAGAGUAUGACGACUACAAGGAGUGGCGGGGCACCGUUAAGGCGUGA